AUGACGCAGCUAGCCAAAGCAGACGUUGUCAACCUGAGCGAGGCUUUGAAUCGCGUGGGCUUGCUUGACCAGCGCUUUGACUUUUAUCUGGCGAGGCAGUGGCAGACUCUUCUUGCUGCUGAGGACAGAUACGACGACGAGGACGGGCUGCAGCAGCAGCAGCAAAAGGGCAGCAACCAGCCCCCGCUAAAGCGGUAUGGCUGA